AUGGCAGACAGAGUCCAAGUACGCGACUGGACAAUCCCUACACGUGAUGGGGCAACACUCGAAGCCCGAACCUAUCGACCCAAGGCGGCGGGUGAUGGGGCUCUGCCAGUCUACCUCUAUUUCCAUGGAGGUGGAUUUCUGUUCGGUACCUUGACCUCCGAAGAUGCAACUUGUUCUCGCAUUGCCAUCAGCACAAAUGCGCUUGUUGUUAACGUAAACUAUCGCCAUACGCCUGAAUACGUCUACCCAACAGCAUGGAAUGAUGCCGAAGAUGCCUUCAUCUGGUUGCAUGCCAACAUCAAGGAGAUCGAUGGCGACGCGGCCAAAGUUGUCGUUGGAGGUAUAUCGGCUGGUGGACAGUUGACAGCUUCACUCACACUCGCUCAGCACCUUGGAAAGCUCCCCUCGGGGUUGCCCUCUAUCGCAGGCCAGGUUUUGAUGAUCCCUUGUCUGGCGCAUGUUGAUUGUUACGAUGGCUUGUUGAAGAAGAUGAAAAGUCCUUCGGUCUCAUCAUACCCCGAGAACGAAAGCGCUCCAAUCUUGCCGCGACCCAUGAUCGACCUUUUCGUUGGCCUUCUGAAGGUUGAGAACCCAGACCCCAACGACCUGAGACUUAACCCUGGCAAUGCAACACCAGACCAGGUGAAAGGACUACCCCCGACGACUGUUCCCACGGAUAUUCAUGUCUACAAGGGUGUUCCUCACGGAUUUAGGCGGUUUGGAGACAAGUUAUCAGCGUCGAAACACUGGGACGAGACUACGGACAGUGGGAUUACUUGGGCAUUGACUAACCCAACGGCCACGGGAGAGUUCAAGAUUCAUGAACAUUAG